AUGUCCACCUACAUCUCCGCCGCCCGCUCCUCCUACUCCUCCUCCCAACCGUGCCGCUGCGUUGCAAGCUCGCUGCUCAUCCAUUCAGACCGGCCAUUGUUCCGAAAGCGAAAUCGUCACCGCUGCCAGAAAAUGGACGACUACGAUUAUGGCAGAGACACGGACCUGGUGCGGUCCAGGGAGUCUCCGUCCGUAUCGCGAACUUCGGGACGUGACAGGGACGACUAUCGUGCAGCCGACCCAUACCGUGACAACCGCCGUCGCUCGCCGGAUCGUCGUCGCGAUCGUCGACGUUCCCGCUCUCCAACUCAGAUAGACCGCUACCAACCAGAUCGCGUGCGCGACGACUAUUCAUACCCUCGCAGUCGGGAUGAGCCUCACUCCAGACGGCGUUCAUCUCCGCCACCAAUCGAUCGCUAUGUGCCUGGUCCUGAGCCUGCAGCAGUUCUUGUGAACCCUCUUCCUGACCCCAUGAAACUGGACUUUCAAGUUGGAUUCACGUGGUUUGCAGAAUGGUGGCGCACGGAGCAGCGCAUCAAGGAGGAGAAAGAGCGAGCAAAGACUGGACGCGCACCACCUCGUCUGCGAGGCGAGCGUGAGUCUCGCGAAGAUCGCGAAGCAGAGAGGCCAAAGAUUCAGGCAGCCUACGAUCAGUACAAAGAGAACCUUCAGAGAUCUCAGGCCCAGACAUUCGUCCGUUUGCACAAGAAUGAGGAUUGGUUCCGAGAGCGAUAUGUGCCGGAAGUACGGGAGCCGUUCAGGCGAAAGCUGGUGGACUAUCGCAAAGGCUUAUUCGCUCAGUGGGAGCAAGAUCUGUCCAACGGCGUUUUCGAUGACUUUACACUGGAGGGCAUCUAUAAGUCUGAGUCUAAUGGACUUGGAGGAAUUUUGGAGCGGGAAGAGGGAGAGACAUCAGCUGCUGCAGAAGUGCUCGGAGUCGGCGACCUACUUCCAUCGAAAGGUGGUGAUCUCCGUGAUCCAGCAUCCAUGCAGCCUACCCUGCUCAUCAAGACCAUCGCGCCGACCGUUACUCGGGAUAAGUUUGAGUCCUUCGCCAAAGAGUACCUGGGUGAUGACGAAGGUGGAUUCAAGCACCUGUCCCUUUCUGAUCCGAACCCACUCAAGAAAUGCCACAGAAUGGGCUGGAUCAUUCUGAAUCCGGAAUCAGAGCAAGAUCCUGCUGCCGAAGAGCGUGCUGCUCCCCGCGAAGAGGGCGAGGCUGGCGAAGAAAUGGACGCGACGAAGCCUGAGAUGCCUAGCGGUCUCUCGAGCAUCAGCGAUAAGGCUCUUCAGAAGAUCAACGGAAAGACCAUUGAAGACCCCGAGCGCGGCAACUUCACUGUUCACUGUGGCGUGCACCGACCUCCCGAAGCGCCAAGGAAGAAAGCCUUGUGGGACUUGUUCUCUUCAUCUGACCGGAUCGCGCGUGACCUGGAACUUGCAACGCGACUUGUACGCAGACUUGACAAUGAGCUGGGCGACGAGUACUUUGGAGUCGCCAAAAUUGAAGAGCGCGUGCAUGGUCUUUCUGAAAAAGGACUCUUGAAGCCUGCUCCGCCUUCGAAACCUGCCAAGGAUCCGGAAGCGAUGGCGGAGGACGCUGAAGAAGGCGAAGAAGAUGAGGGCAUGAUCGAAGAUGAAGAUGAGAACGAUGAUGAAGAACUUCUGGUGAAGAAGAAAAAGCUGGAUUUGCUCGUCGAGUACCUUCGUCGUGUCUUCAACUUCUGUUUCUUCUGCGUUUUCGAGUCGGACUCUGUGCAUGAGUUGCAGCGCAAGUGCCCUGGAGGGCAUUUACGUAGACCUCGCGCGAGCUUGACAUCAGCGGCUAAGGAGACUGCACGAGCUAGUGCUUUGGGCGAGCCUUUCCCACUUCGAAGGAAGAACGACUCAAAAGCGGAGGGCGAGGAGGAGGUGGAAGCGGAUAUCAAGGAAGACAGUCCCGAGGAAGACAAGAAGUCUUUGAUGAAGCCAAGCACAAAGACCACCCAGCAACUCCAACGUGCUUAUAACUGGGUCAGAACGUUCGAGGAGAAGAUCCUUCAAAUUCUUGAACCUGACAGCGUCAAUAUCCGCAAGCUCGGCGGUACACCUUUGGAAGAAGGUGUUGAAAAGGAGCUGAACAAGUUUGUCUUGCAAGAGGAUACCAACAAAUUUCGAUGCAAGGUACCUGAGUGCACGAAGCUCUUCAAGGGCACGGAAUUCUGGCGCAAGCACGUUGAAAAGCGGCACGCUGAUUUCCACGAGCGCGUGCGCUCAGAGGUCGAGCUUGUAAACACAUACGUGCUCGAUCCGGCUCACAUUGCUCCUAGUAGGAGUGACGCCAACUCGAACGGACACUUUCCUCUCAGCAAUCAUCAGCCCACCGGCACUCCUCGCGGCUUCCAGCUUAACCAAGCAUACCCGAUGGGAUUUCCAGGAAUGCCUCCCGGUAUGGCGACGGGUGGCGCGCCUGGGAUGCCGGCUAUGUUCGGUCAUGGACAGCCUAUGGGCAUGCCGGGAUGGGCAGGCGCCAUGACAAGUGGCGUCGGGCCGAUGCGCAAUAAUCAUCGCAGUUACAUGAACAAUGGUGGAUAUCGCAACCCUGGGCCAUAUGCUCGCAAUGGCCGAGGCAGAAUGCCAUCAAUGAGUGGCGGACGUCCAAUGGGUAUGAUGGAAGGUGGCGCUGCCACGAUGGGACCAAAUGAAGCGGUAGUAGGACGCAGUCUUCGCAGUUACGAAGACCUGGAUGCAGACAAAGGAGGAGGAACAGGAGAGUUGAAUUAUUAG